CGGACCAUAUCCUAAUAUGAUUGGUUACGGACCAUAUCCUAAUAUGAUUGGUUACGGACCAUACCCUAAUAUGAUUGGUUACGGACCAUACCCUAAUAUGAUUGGCUAUUGGCAACCAGCAGAAAUGGUUGUUCAUGAAUCGCAACCAGGAAUGUAUUAUGAGCAGUCAGAGCAGCAGCUGCAGCAAGGACCGCAGCAAGAAUUAUCUGAAAUUGAGCCGCCAAUUGAAGUAAUUGAAUAUCAGCAGAAACCACAGAUUCCUGGUAAUGAGUCUUCUGCCCAGAAUACUUCAACAGAAGAACAAGAUUCGAAUCUGUUAUUACAAACGGGCAACUUUUUAUCAGAUCCGAAUUAUCUGCCUCGUAAUGUUUCUGAAUCAGCUGAUGGAAGUGGAAUUUCUGAGAGUAAUUUAAAACAAAAUAUUCAUCCAGUCCUUAAUUCAGAAAAAGACGUUCUGGAUGACAAUGAACCAGAAGUCAGGGAAUGUAUAAUUAAAAGCACUACAUUUUCCGAUAUUUUUGAUGAAUCUAAUGAUACAGAAGAAUACUCUGAUAAAUCUGAUCAAGAGAUAGAACUAAAUGUUCCUCUAUCUCCAGCAGAGAUCACAUCGAGUGUUUAUAAAGAGUAUAAAAAACGGCCUUUGCUUAGAGAUUUUAUCGAACUCGAGCGCUAUUCAUUAGUUUCGGAAGUAAUUUAUGAAGAAGAGGAACCUGAAUCUGGAGACGAUGGAUCAGAAAGUGAUGGUAGCUUUCAUUCAGACACCAUCUUCAUUGAUUAUGAAGAAUGUGAUGUUAACAUUAGCACAACUGAUGUUUCGGACAACUGUAAUACUGAAAACAAUGCAUCAGUAAUUACCGAAGAAGAAAAAUCUGUUGCAGACUUGUCUCAUUUAGCAGAAAAGAGUAAUUCUUUGAUUUCGUCUGCUGAACAGAAAAAUCUAAAUGUUCCUCUAUCUCCAGAAGAAAUCACGUCAAGUAUUUAUGAAGAGUAUAAAAAACGGCCUUUGCUUAGAGAUUUUAGCGAACUCGAGCGCUAUUCAUUAGUUUCAGAAGUAAUUUAUGAGGAAGAGGAACCUGAAUCUGGAGACGACGGAUCAGAAAAUGAUGGUAGCAUUCAUUCCGAUACUAUCAUUGAUUAUAAAAAGUGUGAUGUCAACAUCAGCGGAACUGAUUUAUUGAACCAAUGUCAUAUUGAAAACAAUGAACCAAUAAUUGCUGAGGAAGAGAAAUACGUUGCAGACGUAUCUCAAUUAGUAGAAAAAACCAAUCAUUGACUUCUCUAGAUGUCAAACUAUGCAAUUCAAAUUUAUCUAUCGACGAAACGCCAAACGUUUCUAAUGAGUUUUAUCGUUGGAAUACAUUUAGUAACGGAUUUGAGGAAGUAGAAAAUCAAAAUAAACAAAGAAAUAUUACAAUCUAAUUUUGACAUUGUAAAGCAUUUACAACUUGAUAAGAAUUAUGCUGAAGGUGCAAUUGAAGUUGAAAAAGUUGUGGAUGUCGAUUAUUCAAGUUUACCAGAAGAGGAAUUAUCUGCAAAAUCUAA